UAUGCCGAAAUUGUAAAUUUGACUUUACCUGAUGGUUCUCGUCGCGCUGGUCAAGUUUUAGAAGUUCAAGGAAAGAGAGCUGUAGUACAAGUUUUUGAAGGGACAUCUGGCGUUGAUGCCAAAGCAACUCAUGUAGAAUUUACAGGUGAUACUCUUAAAAUUCCAGUCUCUGAAGAUAUGUUGGGUCGUAUAUUCAACGGAUCUGGUAAAGCGAUCGAUAAAGGUCCAAAGGUGUUUGCCGAAGACUUUUUAGAUAUCAAUGGAUCACCAAUCAAUCCGUUUUCACGUAUUUAUCCGGAAGAAAUGAUUCAAACUGGUAUUUCAGCUAUAGAUACUAUGAAUUCAAUUGCCCGUGGUCAAAAAAUUCCAAUUUUUUCUGCAGCUGGUUUACCACAUAAUGAAAUUGCUGCUCAAAUUUGUCGUCAAGCUGGUCUUGUCAAGAAAGUUGACAAGGGAGUUUUUGAUGACCAUGAGGAUAAUUUCUCAAUUGUAUUUGCGGCUAUGGGUGUUAAUAUGGAAACAGCGCGUUUCUUCAAACAAGAUUUUGAGGAAAAUGGUUCUAUCGAAAGAGUCACUCUGUUUUUAAAUCUAGCUAAUGAUCCAACCAUCGAACGUAUUGUUACACCACGAUUAGCUCUUACAACUGCAGAAUAUUAUGCUUAUCAACUCGAAAAGCACGUUUUAGUUAUUUUGACAGAUAUGAGUUCAUAUGCUGAUGCUUUACGUGAGGUCUCUGCUGCGCGUGAAGAAGUACCAGGUCGUCGUGGUUAUCCAGGUUAUAUGUACACCGAUUUGUCUACAAUUUAUGAACGUGCAGGACGUGUCGAAGGAAGGAACGGCAGUAUCACACAAAUCCCCAUUUUAACUAUGCCAAAUGAUGAUAUUACUCAUCCUAUUCCGGAUUUGACGGGUUAUAUUACAGAAGGUCAAAUCUUCGUUGACCGUCAAUUGCAUAAUCGUCAAAUUUAUCCACCUAUUAAUGUGUUGCCUUCACUCUCUCGAUUGAUGAAAUCUGCUAUUGGUGAAGGCAUGACAAGGAAAGAUCAUGGUGAUGUCUCAAAUCAAUUGUAUGCUAAAUAUGCUAUUGGUCGUGAUGCUGCUGCCAUGAAAGCUGUCGUUGGUGAAGAAGCCUUGAAUCAAGAAGAUAAGCUUUCUCUCGAAUUCUUAGAAAAGUUCGAAAAGACAUACAUUGCCCAAGGUGCAUAUGAAUCGAGAACAAUUUAUGAAUCUUUAGAUUACGCUUGGUCGAUUCUUCGUAUUUUCCCGAAGGAAAUGUUAAAUCGUAUACCACAAAAAGUAUUACAAGAAUUUUACCAGCGUGCAAAGGCUUCUCAUAAAAGCAAAGCUGUGGUCGAUACUGUAGAAGCGUGA